CAAAUUUCCAGGCCAAUUGAAGCAGCCGUUGUGCUAUUACCUGUCUUUGAGUUUCUACAUCUGAACCCUCUAUUUGCCAAUGUCCUUGUAGAGUCUAUGUCCUCUACCCGGGACGAGAAAUCACAAUCUACCCAAAUCCCACCACCACCCUUUACUUUACUAACUUUAUCAUCAUAUUUAUUGACACACGCGUCGUCGUCGUCGUCAUCUCGCGCUAUCGCAUAUGCAAAUCUGUCUAUCAAUAUGUUGCUCAUCAUGGCUGAGAACGCGACUGUUAUGGAUGCAUUCUGCCAACCUGUGGCAGAGAGUAUCAAGUUGUGUCAACAGAGGUUGCCUGUUUUACCUACACCUCCUAGCCCUCGUCCACCCUUAUGUGCCUUGCUGGACUGCGUUGUACUAUGGUUUCGCCAUAAUCUUCAUAAGAAGCUUGAAGUGAAUAAUUAUGUAACAUGUGUUAGGAUAUGUAACCGUGUCGUUUGGUACCUGCAGAAGAAGCAUGUUCAAUAUGAAUGGGUAGAACUAUGGACAUCUAUUAUCGGUUUACUUGCUUUCCUAUCGAGUAAGCUGGACAACCUGACUACGACAGGUGGUGUGGAGCAGUUAAUUCAGGAGACAGUGUGUUUUUUGGAUUUCGCAGUCUGUCAGGCAGAACUUUACUUGCCUUCUCCGCGGAGCCUUCACGAAUUUAUUGCAAGUCGUUCUAAAUUAUCCAAAUGCACCAUUUAUGAGCUUGUCCGCUCCUCAUCUGUCCUGGCGAAAAAGAAAUCGGUGCUCAAAACGCUUGGGAUGCCGAUAGCACCGUCGAACAGAAGAGCUUCUAUGAGAUCCGACUCUGCCGGCAAGGCCCUGGCCCAUUUAUUGCUUGUCGUCGAAUUCUACGAGAACAAGUUGACGGCUGCUGGGUCUAAAACUGCGACGGAUGCAAUGCGAGUUGUAGCACGAGAGAUCGAGAAGGAGGGCUUGCAUGGAGUGGACAGCUCGCAGGAGACAGAUGACCCACCGUGA